AUGAUGCUGGUGAAAUUAUUUAAUUUCACUAGUGAAAUUGGUGAAAUUGGUGAAAUUAGUAAAAUUGAUGAAAUUGGUAAAAUUGAUAAAAUUGGUGAAAUUAGUAAAAUUAGUGAGAUUG